CACAGGUAUGCGUGGGGCGCUGUGGCGGUUUGGAUCUGGCGCUGGGAAUCAUGUCGCGACCGAAGAAUCAAAAUUACAAGGGCUAUGGAUUGUCAAAGGGUAAAGAGCGAAAGCCAAGAGCAUCAAUCCGGUUCAAGAGCACGCUUAUGAAUACUCUCAUGGACGUCCUCCACAACAGGCCGGGAUGGGUGGAAGUAAAGGAUGAAGGGGAGUGGGAUUUCUACUGGUGUGACGUCAGCUGGCUCCGGGAGAACUUCGAUCACACCUACAUGGACGAGCACGUGCGCAUCAGUCAUUUCCGAAACCACUAUGAGUUGACCCGCAAGGACUACAUGGUGAAGAACCUGAAGCGGUUCCGGAAGCAGCUGGAGUGUGAGGCGGGAAAGCUGGAGGCAGCCAAGUGUGACUUCUUCCCCAAAACCUUCGAGAUGCCCUGCGAGUACCACCUGUUUGUGGAGGAGUUUCGCAAAAACCCAGGAAUCACCUGGAUCAUGAAGCCUGUAGCCCGCUCCCAGGGGAAAGGCAUCUUCCUCUUCCGGAGGCUGAAAGACAUCAUGGACUGGAGGAAGGACACUGCUGGAAAGAAGCUCACCAUCUUGGAGGCCCAGCCAGCCCGGGGCACCCUCAAUCCCUCUGGUGACCAUGAUGCAAAAAGUUCUGACGACCAGAAAGAUGAAAUUCCCGUGGAGAACUAUGUAGCUCAGCGUUAUAUCGAAAAUCCCUACCUGAUAGGAGGCCGCAAGUUUGACCUGCGUGUCUAUGUGCUGGUGAUGUCGUACCUCCCACUGAGGGCCUGGCUCUACCGGGAUGGCUUCGCCCGAUUCUCUAACACCCGCUUCACGCUGAACAGCAUUGAUGACCAGUAUGUUCACCUCACCAACGUUGCUGUGCAAAAGACAUCUCCUGACUACCACCCAAAGAAGGGCUGCAAGUGGAUGCUCCAGCGCUGCCGACAGUACCUGGCAUCCAAGCACGGACUGGAGGCAGUGGAGAAGCUCUUCAGCGACAUGGACAACAUCUUCAUCAGGAGCCUGCAGAGUGUGCAGAAGGUGAUCGUCAGCGAUAAGCACUGCUUCGAGCUGUAUGGCUAUGACAUCCUCAUAGACCAGGACCUCAAGCCGUGGCUCCUGGAGGUCAACGCGUCCCCAUCACUGACAGCCAGCAGCCAGGAGGACUAUGAGCUCAAGACCUGCCUCCUGGAAGACACCCUGCAUGUGGUGGACAUGGAGGCCAGACUCACGGGAAGGGAGAAGCGAGUGGGAGGCUUUGACCUCAUGUGGAAUGACGGCCCUGUCAGUAGAGAAGAGGGGGCUCCCAACCUGUCAGGGAUGGGGAACUUUGUGACCAACACACACCUUGGCUGCGUCAAUGACCGGAAAAAACAGCUGAGGCAGCUGUUCCAUUCCCUGCAAAGCCAGAAGAAAGCUUCCAUUUAAUCCCCGGCCACCGCCUGGAGGAAAGUGACGGUGGAGGUGCCACGCUAGUCCUCUCUCCACUGUUUCCAGUGCAGCAGCACCUCAGAGUCCUCACCUGCCCCCCUCUGGCCUGGUGGCAGCUUUGCUGGCCCGGCACCACUGCUUGCUGCUUGUUCUGGGCCCCCGGGUGCCCCCACCCCACCCUGGGCAUCUUUGCACCAGAAGAGAGCCAAUCCCAGGACUGGGUGGGUUUUAACCUUGAUGGAUCGACUUGGUGAUCAACCCCAGCGAACAAACACAGCAAGUUCUGCUACCCGAGCAUGUCUAAUAAAUGAGCACAGGCCUCACUCGGAGUCACUGGCCCUGGGCCUAGUUCAGGGGAUAC